GCACCGCAGGUUUGCGGACGUGGCGGCGGCUGUCGGUGCGGAAGGCGGGGACGGCGGCGACAGCGGCGAAGGCGGCGACAGUGGCAGAAGCGGACCCAGACAUCCGAGGACCGGGAGUCGGUCAUGAACUUCCCCGGGGCCGCGGCUGUGGUGGCGUACAUAACCGUGUCGCCGCGCCCCUGCUAGAAGACAGAUAUAACAUCAUGGCAGGAAGGAAUCAGAACCGGACUGCUUCCCUCACAGGAAUUCAAGCCAGUGGCCAUGUGCACACCUUUGGGAAUUGUACAGACAAUGACAUGUUGGAAGAAGAUGCUGAAGUCUACGAACUUCGGUCCAGGGGAAAGGAGAAGGUUCGGAGAAGCACAUCGAGAGACAGACUUGAUGACAUCGUUAUAUUAACGAAAGAUAUACAGGAAGGAGACACUCUAAACGCAGUAGCCCUUCAGUACUGUUGUACGGUAGCAGAUAUCAAAAGAGUUAACAAUCUCAUCAGUGAUCAAGACUUUUUUGCGCUUAGGUCUAUCAAAAUACCAGUUAAAAGGUUUAGUUCUUUGACUGAAACUCUUCAUCCUCUGAAAGGAAGACAAGUUUUGCAUCCUCCACCUGUUCCGUAUUUCCAAGAGCAGGACACUGUGCCAGCUGACGAUCCUCCUUCUUCCAGCGAGUCCGCCGGCAGUUUCCUGAAAGAGGUGGAUCGCGACAUAGAGCAAAUAGUCAAGUGUACAGACACCAAGAAGGAGAACCUGAAUGAAGUAGUGUCCGCCUUAGCAGCACAACAGGUCCGAUUUGAGCCUGAUAACAAAAGCGUUCACCGAAAGGAUCCGUAUUACGGCGCAGACUGGGGGAUGGGUUGGUGGACAGCUGUCGUGAUAAUGUUGAUAGUGGGCAUAAUAACACCAGUGUUUUAUUUGCUGUAUUAUGAGGUUUUAGCUAAAGCGGAUGUUAGCCACCAUUCCACAGUGGACUCUUCGCACUUGCAUCCAGGACCCACACCUCCAUCACACCACAGAGAGACGGGAAAUGCAAUCGGUCCAACAAAAGGAAUACCUGUUGGUCAACAGGAUGACCACAGACUCUAUAGGCAAGACCCUCAGGCACUCGACUGAUGCUCCACACAAAAUGUAGCGGUGAGGGGUUGGGGAUUUAGCUCAGUGGUAGA